GUUUGUCGGUUUGGGUAUGGUGGGCGGCGGCGAGGGGAUCGCGUUGGCGGCAGCGGCGGCGCCGGGGUGGCGGUGGGAGGAGGGCAUCAGUUCGUGGACCGGAGCAAGGUCAGGCAGGAUUCUGCUCUGCGACGGCGACGCCACCAGCUCGCGGGAGGCGCUGCGGCUCCUCUGCAACUGCUCAUACCAAGUUGUGCUGGUGCUGGUGAACAUUUUUGUUUCAGCAACUUGCGCAAAGUCUCCGCGGCAGGUGAUCAAUAUUCUCAACUACGAGAGCAGCGAGAUCGACAUCAUCCUGGCUGAGGUCGAUCUGCCGGUCACAAAGUGCUUCAGGAUGCUCAAGUACAUUGCCAGGAACACGGACCUGCGCCACAUCCCCAUCAUCAUGAUGUCCAACAGAGAUGAGGUCUCGGUUGUUGUCAAGUGCUUGCGGCUUGGGGCAGCUGAGUACCUGGUGAAGCCGCUGCGCACCAAUGAGCUGCUGAACCUUUGGACCCAUGUGUGGCGGCGGCCGGCGGAGACGGAUGCUUGGUUUGCCCGAGAAAAACUUCUUCAAUGACAACUUCGAGUUGGUGCUCUCAGAACCUACUGAUGCCAAUACAAAUAGCACCACCCUCCUCUCAGAUGAGACAGAUGAUAGGCCAAAAGAAAACAUGAAUCAAGAAACAGCAGGCACCUCAAAUCAACGUGAAUACGAGGCAACAUUAGGAAGUUUGUUGCAGUUCAGAUAUUCAUUUUGCUGUUUUAGUAUAUUUCCAUUUUUGUGCUUUGUGGUGCCACAAAGAUGUACCUGUUUUCCUUGUAUGCUGUAUGAUGAUGACAUGCUAAUUUGUACACAUCGAUACUAGUUUAAGCUCU